UAUAAGUAUUUAUUCGUAUAAUAAUAAAAAAUACAUAAAAAUGCAUAGCUUGAUACAGAAAAUGUGUUGGAUAAUUAUUCAUGAAGAAUCUAGCAAAAGUUGCGGUCAACAAACUAGACUGUGGAACGCCGAAGAGGUCUGCAAUAUAUUCCAACAUGAAAGAGAUAUUCAUGGAGUUGAAAGCAUGAUUGUGGAUAUGAAUGAAAUUACAAUAGAUCCACGUAUAAUCAUCAUUGCAUUAAGGAAGAUGCCAAAGUUAAGGUUACUUGCUUUAAGAGGAAAUAUCAACAUAGAUUUUGAACGGCACAGAGUGCUUCUAGAAGAUUUUCAACUUCCUAAUGACUUAAGGUAUAUUGAGUGGAAUAAAUGUCCACUUAAGUUUGUGCCGUCUAUUUGUUGGCCUCAAAAACUUGUUCAGCUUUCCAUGCGAGAUAGCAAUGUUCAAAAACUUUGGGAUACAGUUCAGAAUCUACCAAGUUUGGAGUUUAUUGACCUCGAGGGAUGCAAACGCUUGAUGGAGUGCCCAAAUUUAGCAGGUGCCAUGAAUCUCAAAUCCAUAACUCUCAGUGGCUGUGAAAGGUUACAAGAUGUUCAUCCAUCAAUUUUCUCUCUCCCCAAGAUUGAAGAACUAUAUGUGAGCUAUUGCACAUCGCUAAAAAGGCUUUGCAGUGACUAUUGUUCUCCCUCUCUCCGUGACUUGUAUGCCACUCAUUGCUGCAAUUUGGAAGAGUUCUCAAUUCCCAUUAUGAGUGAUCAUUCCAAAUUCAGGUUAUUUUUACCAUCAACGACUUUGAGUGAAGUGCCAUCCACUAUUAUGCAUCUCAAAAAUCUUGAGUGGUUCGGUUUUAACAUCAGUUACUCUCUUCAGAAACUUCCUCAAAACUUUGCCUCCAAUAUUGCACUCAUGGAUCCAAUAAAACAUGAAGACGACACAUGCAUCAUGUUAAGUAGAAUAUUUCCCACCCCUGCCUUCUUGUCUCUCAAGGAAUUAGCUUUCUACGGAUGUAAGAGGUUGUCUAAACUCCCAGACAACAUUCAUGUCUUACAAUCAUUACAACUAUUACACGUGGAAAGUUGUCAUGUCAUUACAAGUUUGCCAAAAAGCAUUAAGAAUCUUCAACAGCUCAUAGAAAUUUUCAUCUUUGAUUGUAAAAUGCUUCAAUACGUACCUCCACUUCCCCCAUCUAUUAUAUACUUUGAUGCAGUAAACUGCAAAUCCUUGAAGGAAGUCUCAAGUUUAACCAGUGAACCACCCAGAAAACACAAUGCGUGGUUUGUAUUCCAUAAUUGCACAAAGUUGGAUGAUGAUGCAUAUGAAGCAGUUUUGAAAGACUUGAAAUUCAGGAUAGAACUUGUGGCAAAUAAUGAUGGAUAUCCGCAUAAUGAAGCAAAGAAUGAUAAUAGAUUCUUCUACUAUUUACCAAGUAAAGAGAGCAUAAUUAAUGAGUGGUUCCCUGACUACUACUCUACAGAAGCUUCAAUCAUUGUUGAAGUUGCUCCAGAACACAAGAUUUCUUCUUGUUUUGUUGGCUGCAUCUUGAUUUCUCAAUACCAAUCUUGCAACCUUGGUGACAAAAAAGUGAUAUUUGGAUGGGAAUGCUACUUGGGAAAGGGUUGCAAUGAAUGGGAAUGGAUAGCAACUUCUGCCAAUACAGCACUCUUGACCGGCAAUGUUCCCUAUGAGAUUGCAAUUGAAAUGGUAUCAGAUCAUAAGGUAGUAUGGUAUGAUGGAGAGGGUUCCAACAAGAUAACGGAAGCAAUCAAAGAGCGAAAAAAGGACACCAGUUGUAAUCCAAUCCUUAAAUUUAAAUUCUAUGCCUAUACAAAGGAUAAUGAGGAAGUAGUGAUAAAGGGGUGUGGGAUCCGUUGGAUGCAUGUCCAUGUCAAUCAUGAAGGACAGAUUCGUCCUGAUGCCAUUGAUGACUUGGGCUUGGAGGACCUAGAGAGUGAGAGAACAGAGAAAUGGAAAAAGAGUGGAUUUACGGCAUGGUUCCAAAGAAUACUG